CACAGUAGGCGUAUGUCCCUUACUCAAGUAGAAUCAUUCAAGCUUUAGUAGGCUACGCUAUCUACAUCACCAUAUUUCAAGACGCAUGCUUUUUACCGGAGUCCAGCUAUUCAGAGACAGUGUGAUCAUAAUAAAGACGUCAUCCUCCAACUGAGCCAGUUAAGUGCGCAGCUUUUAACUGUACAACUUCAAUCUCAGCAUGCUUACGGACGACAUAGGAAUCUUCGAAUCCCAUCGGAGUGUGAACACAAAUACUUUUAUUAUUUGCUCCCUGGCCGUGGCGAAGAAAGCGUUAUUUUCUGGUGCAUUUCAUACGGGGAGUUCAACGCGUUAGUAGCUACUUCGACUCGCUACAUAUAAGAGACACGAGGAUCCAUAAAGGACAAUGGAGGAGCCCCCAGAUGCCCCAGUCUCUGACCCAGCCCCAGAUCUGGCCUUGACCCCUGCAACAACACCUCGUCCUGCCGCCAACAUACCCUCCUGUAGCCUUUUGGAGUGGAGGAAGAGGGUGAAGUCUGAGUACAUGCGCCUUCGUCAGCUGAAACGCUUUAAAAAAGCAGAGGAGGUCAAGGCCCUGUUUAUGUCCAACCGUCAGAAGAUAGAAGAACGUACACACCUGUUGAACGAGGAGUGGUCCAAGCUGAGGGUCCAGUCAGUUCCUCUGUCUAACCCUGGUGGAGCACUUCCCAGCAAGAAGUUGUGCAUGGUGGAGUUUGGCUUCCCAGCGUUUAAAGCUCAGGCGGUUGCCAUGCGGCCCCUAACAACCGUGGCAGGAAUCCCCUUCAUGUACUCCUGGUCCCCGCUGCAGCAGAACUUCAUGGUGGAGGAUGAAACGUUCCUCCAUAACAUUCCCUACAUGGGAGAUGAGGUGUUAGAGCAAGAUGAGGCCUUCUUGGAGGAGUUGAUUGACAACUAUGACGGUGUCCAUGGAGACAGAGAGGGAGGGUUCAUCAACGAUGAGAUCUUCAAAGAGUUGGUGGAGGCCCUGAGCCAAUACUCAGACCAGGAGGAUGAAGAGGAGGAGGCAGCAGCAGACGAGAGAGGGGGUACAGAGGAGGAGAAGGGGGUUCGGAAGAGAUCUGGGGAGGGGAGUGAAGAGGUGAAGGUGGGGACCGUAGCCUUUUUCAAGAGGAAGAAAAGGAGUGUCACAGAGCUAAGGGAUUUGCCUGACAAUAAGAAGAUCCCGCAUGAUAAGAUAUUCACUGCCAUCGCCUCAAUGUUCCCCUACAAGGGUACGACGGAGGAGCUGAAGGAGAAGUACAAGGACCUCCUGGAGCCCCCCAGCCCGGUAAAGCUGCCCCCCUUGUGCACCCCUAACAUGGAUGGGCCGUUUGCCAAGUCAGUCCAGCGGGAGCAGUCCCUACACUCCUUCCACACGCUCUUUUGCAGGCGCUGCUUCAAAUACGACUGCUUCCUCCACCCUUUCCAUGCGACGCCCAAUGUUUACAAGAGGAAGAGCAAGGAGAUCCGCAUGGAGACUGAGCCUUGUGGGGUGGACUGCUUCCUGCUCCAGAAAGGGGCCAAGGAGUUUGCUGAUCAAGAGAUGCAGCGUUUCCAGAGGUCCCGGCGGCGCCGUCGACAGCCACGCACUCCCAGCUCCAGCUGUCCUGGCCCGUCAGGGGCCACCGAGGAGGGCAAGGAGGCGGAAAGCGACCAUGAAACCACCAGCUCCUCCGAGAGCAACUCUCGAUGUCAGACCCCGACCAAGCUGCGGCCUGGGGAGGAGGAAAGGGAGCAGGCCGAGCCUCCGGUCCUGUGGACUGGGGCUGAGGAGUCCCUCUUCAGGGUGCUGCAUGGCACCUACUACAACAACUUCUGCUCCAUCGCACGCCUCAUCGGCACCAAGAAUUGCAAACAGGUGUAUGAGUUUGCCGUGAAAGAGGUCCUGAUCCAUCGUGUACCUUUGGAAGAUGGUGGCAUCUCCCCUCAGAAGAAGAAGAGGAAGCACAGGUUAUGGGCAAAGAUACAGCUUAAGAAAGACAGCUCGUCCAAUCAGGUUUACAAUUACCAACCAUGUGACCACCCGGACCACCCCUGUGACAGCUCCUGUCCUUGUGUGAUGACCCAGAAUUUCUGUGAGAAAUUUUGCCAGUGUGAGCAGGAGUGCCAGAACCGUUUCCCGGGCUGCCGCUGUAAGACACAGUGCAACACCAAGCAGUGUCCCUGCUACCUGGCAGUGAGGGAGUGUGACCCAGAUCUGUGUAUGACCUGCGGAGCUUCAGACCACUGGGAGAGCAAGGUCGUCUCCUGCAAGAACUGCAGCAUCCAGAGGGGCCUCAAGAAGCACCUCCUGCUGGCCCCCUCAGAUGUGGCAGGCUGGGGCACCUUUAUCAAGGAGUCGGUGCAGAAGAAUGAAUUCAUCUCUGAAUACUGUGGAGAGCUAAUCUCACAGGAUGAAGCAGACCGGCGGGGGAGGAUUUAUGACAAAUACAUGUCCAGCUUCCUCUUUAAUCUGAACAAUGAUUUUGUCGUGGACGCCACUAGGAAAGGGAAUAAAAUCAGAUUUGCAAAUCACUCUGUUAACCCUAACUGCUAUGCUAAGGUGGUCAUGGUAAAUGGAGACCACCGCAUCGGGAUCUUUGCUAAACGGGCUAUCCUACAGGGGGAGGAGCUCUUCUUCGACUAUAGGUACAGUCAGGCCGAUGCCCUGAAGUACGUAGGCAUAGAGAGAGAGAUGGAUGUGGCCUAGUCUCACCCGCAGCAUCUCGCAAUGCCCUCAUCUCCACCUGGUAACAUUUCUGCUCCACCCCAACGCCACAGCAAAUCCACCGGCCCCUGUGAAGCACUUACCGCCAUGGCGGAGAAACGAAAUAACCUGGUCAUGCUACUGGCGGGCCCCCAACAGCUAACGUCAAACGGUUUCCUCGACUCCUGUCUCUGUAUGACGCACUCCCCCUUGCGGCUUAAUCACUCGCCUAGCGAAUUUGUGUAUGUGAAGCUUCUGGAACAAAACAGGCAAUUAAAAUGGUAACAAAUACAACUAGCUAUACAGUAUGUUCAAUGUAUGCUUUAUACUGUACCACCAGCUUCACGCCAUUGUUACAUUUUUUAUUUUGUGUUUUUUUUAAAGCACAGUCAUAAUGAAUAAAUGCUGUGUUUUAUUUUCUGUGUUUGGGGCUCUGGCUUGUCCACUCAGUAAGCAACGCUAGCUUUAAGCCUGCAGUUUAUCUACACUUCUUGACAGGGCAAUACAGGGCGUCCUUUGACUUAAAAUAAACUGUAAGCACGUUAGCAAGAAAAUUAGCUUGUAUUGUCAAAUGCAGCGCUAUGGUGGAACUCCUUGAACCUGUCAUCAUAGAUUUCCUGUUGUUCAGAAACAGAAACUGCUCCUGGUUGCUGUAGGCAGCAAUGCAGAACUAAUGAGGAUUAUGAAGCUGUGUAUCCGAUGUGUCUGUGUGGCGACAGCAUCAACACCACCCCCUUUCGUUAAUAGUGAAACAACUUUCUGUGCAUUUACAUAAAUGUUCUGCGACGAUAGGCCGUACGUAGUGUACCAGAAACCGACUAACUGAAUGUCAAGUCUUGAGGGGGUGAUUGGUUGGCGGGAGAUCUCAUUCCUCCUUUCGUUAACAGCUCUGGUCACCUGUGCCCAGGUACUCAAAGUGAUGAUAUAUGUUAUGUAUACUUUAUACAGCAUUUACCAUGCAGUAAACAUGAUUCCAAAUAUACUCUAUUCAUAUAUAUAUAUAUAUAUAUAUAUUGAUACAGCUCUGGAAAAAAUUAAGAGACCACUGCACCUUUUUCUUUCCUUUCCAAAAAGUUUUGAGUGAGGAACAGAAGUGUUCAAUUAGCAGUGGUCUCUUAAUUUUAACAGUUCUGUUCCUCACUCAAAACAACCACACUUUUGUCUUCCCUGGAUAAGCUGUAAGUGCCAAAUGAAUCUAAA